AACACUGAUCCUUAAUUUAGUAGUCCGUGGACAAACUGAAAUCAUGGCAGAUAACGGUGUCCCCGAAUCAUGUUUCGAAAACCUUCCGAAGUUGGUUGAAGAUUUGGAUGAUUAUCUUGAGGCUUACCAGGCCUAUGCUGAAUUUUCAGGGCUCAAAGUGAACAUUUACAAGGACUGGGCCAGGAUCAUAUUUGAGGAUCAUGUCGUCAGCCAUUUCACUUCGAAGUUUCCAAGUGAUGAAAUUAUUCGUGUGCUGGCAGUCGGUAGCGGUGAUGGUAAAGUGGAUAGCUGCAUGCUAGAACAACUUGUGGCAAGGUACCCCCGUAUCCACUACACGGUGGUCGAACCCGCCAAAGAACCACUGGAAGAAUUCAAAGCCCUCAUCAAUGACAACCGACCCAAGUUCGACGGUGUGGAGUUUGAAUGGCGAAACGAGACCUUUGACGACUUUCAAAAGUUGGAGGAAGAGAAAGAGAGAUCGAGGGGUGUGGAUAAAGAAAGAUUUCAUCUUAUCCACGCUGUUCAUUCACUCUACUAUGUCAAUGACCUACAGCAGGCACAGUCCUAUCUGAGGGACAGGCUUGUCAAGCAUGGAGCUCUCCUAGUUAUUCUUCUUUCAGAAGAAGCCGGUAUCUAUCGCGUAUGGGAUCGAUACCCCAAACUGUGCGAAGGAAGCCCCGCCACCAACCUCUGCUCCGCCCAUCUCCGCGAGAUUUACGCCCGAUCCGACACGCCCUAUAAAUUCCACCACCAAUCAUGGCCCUCUGAUAUCUCCCAGUGCUUUGACCCCGCCUCUAUCAAGGGCGGCAGAAUGCUCGAUUUCAUAACUCACGUGAGGAAUUUCCGCCAAUCAGCGCCCGAGGAAUUGAAGAAGAGUGUCGUAGCUUUCUUGAGGGGAUUAAAUCAAAGCGAUAGAGAGGAUAAGAUGAGUACUGGAGGAUACCAGCGAGACUGGGACUCCAUGGUAAUGAUUAAAUAAUGACGGAUAAUAAUCACAGUUCAAUUAAUAUAGUGUAAACAGUACAAAAAGUUCUAGGAGGGGAGAGGGCUUCGGGCUUAAGCAGUACGCACCCCCCCCCCCGUACA